AUGAAUGUUCCUAGGAAAGCAAUCUUCAGAAUUUUACAGGUUUCGUGUGUUGUUUUAAUCAUAAUUGGUUUAAUAUCCAUAUUAAUUUUCUCUAGUGAUAAUAAUCCAACCAAUAUUACUGACUCAUCUUUCUUUAGUUUCAAAAUCAAUACAUCAAUUAACACAGAAUCAAUUUUAGAAGUAAAUCCUAACGAAACAGCAUUAUAUCUUAACUACUUUGACACAUAUCCAUGUCCAUAUUAUUCAGAUCGCGCAGAUUUAAUUGCUCCAGAAAUUAAUAGGCUCGCACAGAUGAUGAGAGCAUUUGGGAUGAAAAUAAUAUUCCAUACUUUAACAGAAAAACCUUCCGAAAUUACUGCAAAUAUUCAAACUCCGGAAACUGAAUUAAAUUUAGAGAAAACCUCACCUAAUUUACAAGAUAAAUGCUUGUAUACUGAUUUUGAUAAAACGCCAGCUCCAAGCAAUGGAUCUAUUCAUCAUGAUAUAAUGUUUUCCUCAAAAUCUGAUUAUUUUGUUAAAGAUCACAAUGAUGGCGUUAAAUUAGCACAUCAACUCGGAAUCAAAUACUUAAUCGUUGGCGGAAUGAGAUGCAAUUACUGGCUUUUACCUUUCUUCAGAAACUUGAAACUGAAUAACAUUCAACCUAUUUAUAUUUACGAUCUAUCUGAUGUUGCAUACUUUAGAGAGGCGCAAGUUAAACAACUUGAUACACAUACUAAAGCUCUUAUUCAUUUUUGGACAAUUAUCGUGAACGAAUUCAAGAUGGCAGUCAAUCAUUUUGCAUUGAUUGAUCGUGCUUCGAACCGUAAUCCACCAGUAAUUAAGUUUGAUGGAAAUCUUCAAGCUUAUUACUUUAUGGAGUUUUACAAUUACAGAGAGCUCUAA